CCGCGGGCGCGGUGCAUCGCGGGAGAGCGGGGAUGGCGGCGCCUGGAGCGCGCGCGCUGCUGGGGCUGGCGAGGGGCUGGCGGCGCCCGCUCUGGGCCGGCGGCCCGGGUCCUCGCGGCCUGGCCCUGGCGGCCGCGCCCUCGAGCGGCGGGUCCCCGUGGCGCCUGUGGGGCGCGCUGUGCCUGCAGCGGCCGCCGGUGGUCUCCAAGGCGCUGAGCCCUCUGCAGGAGGAGAUGGCGGCUCUGCUCCAGCAGAUCGAGAUGGAGAGAAGCCGGUAUUCAGACCACGAGCUCCGCGCUUUGGAAGAAGCCCAGCGCCUGGCGAAGAGGAAAGCUGACCUCGAUGACGAUGAGGAUGAACAGAACAUCUUGCUGGUUCAGGAUUUGGAAGAAAUUUGGGAGCAGAAAUUCCUACAGUUCAAACCGGGAGCUCGCAUAACAGAAGCCGAUGAGAAGAACGACCGGACCUCACUGCACCGGAAGCUAGACAGGAACCUUGUUCUCUUGGUCAAAGAGAAGCUUGGAGACCAGGAUGUUUGGGUGCUGCCCCAGGCAGAGUGGCAGCCGGGGGAGACCCUCCGAGCAACAGCUGAGCGAACCCUGGCCACGCUGUCAGAACACACCGUGGAAGCCAAGUUCCUGGGAAAUGCACCCUGUGGCCACUACAAGUUCAAGUUCCCCCAGGCAGCGCGGACAGAAAGUAGCCUCGGGGCCAAAGUCUUCUUCUUCAAAGCACUGCUCCUCACUGGAGACUUUCCCCAGGCCGAGGAGCAGGGCCGGCACGUGUGGGUCAGCAAGGAGGAGCUGGGCGACUAUUUGCAACCCAAAUACCUGGCCCAGGUGAGGAGAUUCCUGUUGGACUUCUGACGCACUCGGCUGCCUGAGGACGAUGCUCGGACAAGCCUGCGACUGGGCCCCAAGGACGUGUUGUGGUCGCCCCAUCUGCCGGGAAUCUCAAGAAGCGAACAGUUCUGAGAAAUAAAUGCAUUUGUCAUUG